UUAAUUAAUAACGUUGGUCUUCAUUACGCCGAGCUGCUGCUUUACUGAAAGGCGUUUCAGAGAGUCAGGCUCAGUCCGUCAUUAUUUAUUUUUUAUUAAUUUAUUAAACAUCUGCUAAUCGCGCCCGAGAGCAAAUAAUUUUUCAGCUCAAAAAGGAUCAAGAUAAAUUUUUCAUGAUAAAACGGUUUUUCGUCUUUUCUUUAUAAGCAUAUUACGUAACUUUAUAGCUUUAAAGAAAACAAACAGGCUGCAAUAAUGUCUGUUAGAGGCUGUAAAACAAUCUGAGCUAAUUUAUAAGGGAAUACAUGCAGCAUCUCUUCCAGACCUGAAAAUCGCCUCCUCAGAGAUUUCUGCUGCAAAGCUGCUGACUCACAUUUCUAAUCAAUGGGAGGAAGAGAAGCACACAGACUCUAAGUGCUGCAACGCUCUCAGGGCGUCAGGUUUCCCUGAUAAUGGUCUGGUAGUUCGGGUGAAGUGAAAGAGCUGACAUCACUUCCUGUGGAGAGGCUGUUUACAAAGCUGCAGACCUGCUGUAGCCGUCCAGCUGAUCUCAGGUCAGCGCCGAUGAGACAGAAAGGCAGCGCCGCUCGAUUCUGCUGCUGGAUCUGCUUAAAAGGACGGUUUUUGCCUCAACAAAAUCCCAGAUACUGAAACAAAACAACUUAACAACAAAGAUUCAGCAUUCCUCAGCGAUGUCAAACCACCAACUUCAAACAUCGGCAGAGAGGAGAGGAAGGCUCUCACUACCCUCAGCAAUGACAACUUCAUCCUCAUCCCAGCAGACAAAGGAAGGUUGGUUACAACAGGAACCCUUAAAAAAUUUUAUCAGGAAACAGUUGAGAAAGUGUCACUGACUCAUGGACAUUACACCGUGAGGAUCACCUUCAUCAUCACCUUCAUCAGCUACUCAGGGCAGACUAACAGUGAACGAGGAGAACAGAGAAAGCUGAGGGACCGAGACGCUGAAACACAGACUGCUGCAGGUGGAAAGACAAGAAAAUCAAAGUGAAACUUCACUCAGAGACUAAAUGGCUUCCAGAUUAGAGGAGGAUCUCUGCUGUCCGGUCUGUCAGGACGUCUUUAAGGAUCCGGUUAUUCUGUCAUGUAGCCACAGCUUCUGUAAGGAGUGUCUGAAGAACUGGUGGAGAGAGAAAGCAGCACAAGAGUGUCCAGUUUGUAAAACAACAUCCUUCACCAAAGAUCCACCCUGUAACCGGGUUCUAAAGAACCUGUGUGAGACCUUCCUACAGCAGAGAGACCAGAGAGCUUCAGAGGAUCUCUGCAGUCUGCACUCUGAGAAACUCAAACUCUUCUGUCUGGACCAUCAGCAGCCAGUGUGUGUCGUCUGCAGAGAUUCAGAGAAACACACCAACCACAGAUUCAGACCCAUCGAUGAAGCUGCUCAGCAACACAAGAAGAACCUUCAGGAAACUCUGGAACCUUUAAAGAAGAACCUGCAGCUCAGGAAGAAAGUUCUAGAGGAGUUUGAUCAGACAGCAGAACACAUGAAGGUCCAGGCCCGACACACAGAGAGGCUGAUUAAGGAGCAGUUUAAGAAGCUUCAUCAGUUUCUAGCAGAGGAAGAGGAGGCCAGGCUGGCUGCACUGAGGGAGGAAGAGGAGCAGAAGAGUGGGAUGAUGAAGGAGAAGAUGGAGGCUCUGAGCAGAGAGAUAGCAGCUCUUUCAGACACAGUCAGAGCCACAGAGGAGGAGCUGAGAGCUGAAGACGUCUCAUUCCUGCACAACUACAAGGCUGCAGUGGAAAGAGUCCAGCGCUGCCCCCUGCUGGAGGAUCCACAGCUGCCCUCAGGAGCUCUGAUAGACCAGGCCAAACAUCUGGGCAACCUGGCCUUCAACAUCUGGAGCAACAUGGAGAACAUGGUCUCCUACACUCCUCUCAUCCUGGACCCAAACACUGCCAAUCCAUACCUCAUCCUGUCUGAAGAUCUGACCAGUUUGACUUUAGGAAAGAAACAGCAGCUUCCUGAUAAUCCAGAGAGGUUUGGGUCACAGUGUUCUGUCCUGAGUUCUGAGGGCUUCAACUCAGGGAACCACAGCUGGGAUGUUGAUGUUGGAGACAGUGAAAUAUGGCAGCUUGGUGUGAUAGCAGAGUCUGUCCAGAGGAAGAGAAGAAUAGAGUCUGGAUUGUUGGUUCUACAGUUCUAUAAAGGUAAAUACUCAGCACGGUCUCCUCCAGCUCCUCUCAUGGACCUCUCAGUCCAGAAGAAUCUCCAGAGGAUCAGAGUGAAUCGGGACUGGGACAGAGGAAAGCUGUCCUUCUCUGAUCUGGACACUAACUCACACAUACACACCUUCACACACACCUUCACUGACAAGAUGUUUCCCUACUUCAACGCUCUGGGGAAAGUAAAAAUCCUACCGAUGAAGAUCUCGGUGAGCAAACAGCAGCUCUGAUGUUCUCAGCAUGAAGAACACAAAGUCCAGAUGAAACCUUGAUGAUCUGAUUGAAACUCAGUGAUUUUAAACAGAAUCUUGAAGCUUUUUAUUCUGAAUUACUUUGAAUUUAAAGUUAGUUCUUGGGUUUCUUUAUAUGUUUGGGUUAAUAAUCAGAUUUAUUUGUAGGUUAAUAAUUAUUGAAAUGUUUAGUUUUUGUCAGUCAGGAAGAACUGUGGGGGCAUUUCUAUGAGUAAAGGGACCAGAAUGCACUGGGGUGGGUUUAUGGUUGUUUUUCCAGAGCAGGAGAAGCUGCAGGAAACAAAAACUGAUCUUUGUCUGUUGUUUGCUAAACUGCAUAUAAACAUAAAAACCUACCUUCAA